GUUGGCAGUUAACUUAACUUAACCCUUUCUACGAAACAGGUAAUGGUAGUGGGAGAUUAUUGCACCUGUCACCUGUCUGAGAAUUGUACCUCUGUGGAAAGUAAUUCAGUGUUUGCGCGGGCAACGAAAUGAUGUGUUCGUAGUGAAGAAUAUUCUCUUAAAAGAAACAGGAUGAGAAAACAGUCCUGCGCAUUCCAAGAAACAGUAUGAUUAUCGUUGUCAACCAGAGUCGUUAUAAUUUUAACCACGAGGCACACAAAAGGGAUAAUAAAGAUCCAAAUAGAAAUUUUACAGUAUGAGAAUAAUUUUACAAUUUUUUUCUUGUACAACUUCACAUGAAGACCACAUGGUCACAUCUGAUGCAUCAACAUUGAAGUCAAUACACCUGCGAUGAUAUAAAAGUGCAUUUUUUUUCGCUAUUUGAAAAGAAAAAUUUAUCAAUUAAGGCACGUCAAUGUCGAUAUGUUCGUCAUGUACAAAAAUUCAAAAUUUCGUAGUCUAUUUUUCAAAAUUUUCGUCAUCACUUUGAUCGUUCUCACUUUCUACGCCUACUACUGGAAGACAAUCGAUCAAGUAGUGAACCAAAAUGCAAUUCUUCACAGUAAUCGUCCAUAUUCGUCUUUGGAUGCAUCAUCCCACGAAAACAACCGGAACGAUUCACACAUUUCGGCAACAUUUAAAAAUUCUGUUUUAGAACCAUUGACCCUAAAUUCUAAUGUAUCGCACAAUUCAGCAAAUUUUUCAACCGCUAUCACAAUUGUCUCAACGUCCUCCAAUUCACAAAUUUCGUCUUCCUCGAAUAUAUCAAAAAUUCCUCAAACAAAUAAUAAUGACAAAACGAAAAAAAUACAAGAUUUAAUCAAAACAACAACGUCGAAUAAUAAUAAUUCAUCAACUUUAAAUUCUAAUUUAAUGCGUGCCAUGUAUAAAUCAGGCCAUUCAAUAUCAGUUCCUGAACAGUGUCCUAAUUUUGGUAAAGAUAUGAAUUUAGCAAUAAUCGUAAUGUCAGCGCCGAAAAAUAAUAAAUCCCGAACGGCAAUAAGACAAACAUGGGGAUUUUAUGGUCAAAGAAAAGACGUUAGCAUACUUUUCAUUAUCGGUAAAACUUUCAAUAAUGAAAUCGAAGAAAGUCUUCAUCGAGAGCAAACAUUGUACAGUGAUAUUAUUCGCGGUCAUUUUGUCGAUUCUUAUUCAAAUUUAACAUUCAAGACAGUAUCAAUUUUAGAAUGGAUCAAUAAUUAUUGUCGUAUGGUGAAUUUUAUUUUAAAGACUGAUGACGAUAUGUUUAUAAAUGUGCCGCGUUUACUUUUAUUUUUAAAUAAACAUCAAAAGGACAAAAAUAUAAUAUUUGGACGUUUAGCACGAAAUUGGAAACCAGUUCGAAAUAAGAAAAAUAAAUAUUAUGUUUCAAUGGCACAAUAUAAGUCCCCGGUAUUUCCUGAUUUCACAACUGGUCCCGCUUAUCUUUUUUCAAAUGACACUGUACCGAAUCUCUACGAGGGAGCGUUAAAUCAAACAUUUCUUCCGCUUGAGGAUGUUUUUUUGACGGGAAUUGUUGCUCAAUCAGUUGGAAUCAAACGUGUACAAGCACCGGGAUUUCUAAAUACUCGAAUCUCUUAUGCCCCUUGUAAUGUGCAAAAAGGCAUUAGCAUUCAUAAAGUUCAAUAUAGUGAACAAUUUGAUCUUUGGAAAAAAUUGUUGGAUGGCAAAAGUAAUUGUAAAUUAUAACCACUCAGAAGGGUUCGUUCAGUGGACCCACAUUUGAAUCUUAUUAGUUUUUUAUCUCUUGACAUGAAACACAUUCUCAGUUGAUAUAACAUUAUCAUUGUAUAACUAUGAUGCAUGAUUAUAAUAUCAUUGAACGAAAAUUUAAGUUUUACUUGAAUUAAAAAAAAACGUAAAAUCAAUUUAAUUUUCAAUUAAUAUAUUUUUUAUCGUAACAAAUGAUUAUUGUGAAUUUAAAGAUCUGAUUGUAUGUUAGGAAACCUUUAGAUUGAUUUAAAUUUGACAUUCAUUCUUUUUAUGUAUUGUUCACGCAGUUCAUACCUAAAUGUUUAUAUUACGACGUCAGCACUGAUAAUGUUAAUGUAUUUCUAUUAUUCUUUUAACGCACAGACAAUUAUAGUUAAUUAUUUAAUUAAUUUUAUCUAUAGAAAAAAAAGAAAAUAGAACAUAUUUUUUUCCCAAGAAAGAGAGAAAACUUUAAUUGAUUUUAAAAAUGUGAUUGGGGACAGUCUGACAAUUGUUUGUUAAGAAAAUAAUUUAGACAUAAAAAAAAUUAUUAUUAGACUGUUACGUUACACCGUGAUUACGGUUGAGUGCCUCGAUAGAAAGAAACCAUAUUGUAAUUAUUAGGAAAAAAAAGUGCCAUGCACUGAAUUUAGUCAUGGUUUUUAACUCUUUAAUAUUAAUUUUAUAUUCAUUUAAAAACUGAUUCUCUGACUUUUAUAAUCAAAGUUGUAAUGAUAUUUAAUAUUAAUGAGUUAAUAACGAAGUAGAUGUUAAAUGCAAUAUUUCUUUUGAUUUGGCGCUUUAAUGUACUUAUUUUAAUUAUUGACUUUAAUGUAAUGUUAAAAUUGAAUCAUAAUGUUGAUUUUUAAUUUUUCUAGUUAGAUAUUUAUCUGCUUUUUUAUUAUAUUCUUUUUUGUUUUUGCUUUCCUCUAUUUUAAUUUUGACAAAGAAAUAUUCUUUCAAAUAGAAUCAAUGAAAACUAUAUAUAAUAAUAAAUUAAUUAACUUGAAGUUUUGAACGUUCAAAAAAUAAACAAUUUUAUUAAAUUUUACUAUACAAAAAAAAUAAUAUUGAUUCAUAUGAACGUUCUGAACUUCAAUAACACGAAUAAGAGAAUAAGAAAAUGAUUGGAGAAGAUAAAAAUGCGAAUCAGGUGGCAUAAUUAUAGAUAAACAAAAAUAAUGAUCGAUAUUUUAAUAUUUAUGUUAAAAUAUUAUUUUACUUAUGAAAAAAUGAAAUUAGAUAUUCCUUUUUUGAUAAUAUUUCAUAUUUCCCUAAAUCCUCAGACUUUAGAAGUAUUAAAAGUCAUUGAUUUUAUAAAAUGUGAUUUAUGGGACCAAAAUUUUUUUUUUUUCAGUCUGACGAUUUUACGAAAUAUUAUAUUUACUUUUGCGUAUGAAUUGUAUUUCAAUUUUUAUUUAUUUUUUUUUUGCAAAUUAAAUUACUUUUUAAACUAAUACAUAUCAAAUAAAUUUUUUAAAAAAAUAUUAAAUAAAACAUUUCUAUUAUAAAUUUAAAAACGAAAUAAUCACAAAAACUGCCUAUUGGUUCAAUUAAAUUUUCUUCUCCAAUAAAAUAUAAAAAGAAAUCUCAAAUUUUUCUUAUAAAUAUAUAAUAAAUGUAAUCAAACAAUUAUUAUCUAGUCAGUGCCUAGAUAAUUGUUACUCAAAUUAUCUUGUAAAACUUUGUAUAUCGCUCAAUUGUACCUCCUAUAUGAAAAAGAAAUAGUUACUUGAGUCGAAUAAUUAAUAUUGGAAUUAAGUUUUAAGGUUUAACGAAAAAAAGAGAAUAUCAUUACUUUAAAGAGUUGUGGUGCCAUAAAAUACGUAAUCAUAUAUAUAAACGUGCGAUAUUUUUUUUAGUUUAAAAAAAUUGUGUGUCCUUCAUAUUUUACGAUGUUGAAGUCCACAAUAUUUAUGUUCAUUGAUUAGUAGACAAAUUGUUUUUUAAAAUAAAAAAUUAUAAAAAUGUUGAUCUAAAAAAAUUUUUUUAAUACUUUUUAACCAAUAAACAUUGAAAGCAAUAUCUUUGAAACGAAAAUUCAUGAUAUAUUUUAAAACAUAUAUUUUAAACAUUGAAAGCAAUAUCUUUGAAACGAAAAUUCGUGAUAUAUUUUAAAACAUAUAUUUUAAUCAUUGAAAGCAAUAUCUUUGAAACGAAAAUUCGUGAUAUAUUUUAUAAUAAAAAAUAUUUCUUUAAAAAUCGUUGAUCAUAAACAUUGUGAACUUAAGCAUUGAUAUAUUUUAAUGCUUCAAAAUAAUUAUAAGGCUAUAUAUUAUAUAUAUGCUUAUUGUUGACUUUUCCAAACAUAAUAAUAAGUUUUAAGAAAUUGAAUAAGUUUUUAUGAAAUUUACAAUAUUUUGCUCAAAGUUUAGUUUUAUAUUUACUUUUAAAUGUAUUAUAUUUUAAUCGAAGGAUCACGCUCUAUUCGUUUAGAAAUAUGAAUACAUUUAUCAAAAUUUUGUAAUUUCGUUUAUUUCAGAUUUUCGUUAUUAAAAAAUUUUGUUUAAAAAAUUAAUUUAAAUCCUUUUAAUUACAAUUUAAUGAAACUUAAAUAUUGUAUAUAAUUUCUUGUUAUGGCAAAUAAUAUUAGAUUUAUUUUUUUAAUUAGACUUUUUAUCGAAAUAAAUUCACUACUUGAUGUUUUCUUUUAAUAAUCAAAUUAUAAUAGAAAAUUAUAAUUUUCGUUUUGUUGUUGCGUGAUCCUUUGAAACUUAAUUAUCGUUUAAUAUAAAUAAUUAUACAAUUUUUUAGAAAUUAAUUAAAUUAUUUAAUAAUGAACUCAAUAUGUACUUUAUCAAAAGGCUCUCGAGUCUAGAUUAUAAUUAAUUGAGCGAAUUUAAUGAAAAAAAAAAAAAAAAACUAUAAUUGAAUGCGAAUGCCUUAGGUAAAAUCGAAAACAUAAAAAUAUCUCAUUUUACAUGAGAUUUGUGUAAAUAUUGUAAUAUGUAAGCGUGAGUGAUUGUUACAUUGUAAAUGAAAUAUUAUAAAAAUUGCAAAUUCAUAUAUUACGAAUUUAGCUUUAAUUUACAGUAUUUUAUUGCAUAAUACGUAUAAUUUUACUUAAAACAGUUGAUAUUACUUACAAUAAAUUAUGCUAAUGAUUGCUCAUGACAAUGUCUUAUAAUUUAUUUUUAUAUUCGUCGAUUUUUAAUUUUCAAUUUAAGCUCAGACGACUGAAAAUCACUAAUUGUUUUUUAACACUUCAAAGAGAAUAUUGUAGAAAAAAAAGUGUUUUUGCUUGGAGUUAUAUGUUGUGGACUUGAAUCUGCACACAAUAUUUGUUUGUAAAUUUUAAAUUGCACAAUAUACACAUACAUAUAUUAUAUACAUUACAAAA